GGGCAAGAAUCUAAUUUUGUUUAUCAUUUAUUUCCUUAACUUCAUACAACUCUAUUCAAAUCAAACUUAAUUAUCUAAAGUUAAGUGUCUCGACAACGAAUUGCCAACUAUUCCGAAAUCAUUUUUCAAUAGAUUCUAUACAAAUAUCACAAAAGCAGAACUUUUUAUUAUUUAUGCAAUUCAUUGACUAUGAAUACUUAUUUUUGUUGUUUAAAAUCGAUAUUUUAUCAUGAGUUAGGAAUUUUUGAAUUUUGUUUUGAACAAAUACCUUAUAAGAAAUACAUUCGAUCUAGUCAUUUUCUUCAAAUACUAUGUACAUUUAAUAGUUCAAACAAUAAAACAGAAUAUGAACAGAUAAGAUAUUGAUGAGAAGAGAAACAAAUAGAAUUUCUCAUUCUUAUUUCACGUCAUAAGUAUUUGUUUUUGAUUUUGCAAUAGAAAACAAAAACAAAAAGAAUUGUCGUUCACCAUUACCAGUUACAAUUUUAACACAUAUAGAAAUUACAGAGAAACUCAUAGUCUAUUCAUCAGUUUAACUUCUAUAGAAGAAAUAAUCUAGCGUAUUGUAAAAAAUUAUAGAAUCACUUGCCGACUUUGAAUUCUCUCGAAUUUUAUUCUUGAUCAAGGGUGUAGGUGGAUGUGGGUGUUGACCUGCACUUCACCCACCCGACAUCCACACACCACAUCCAGAUCCAUCCACAUCCACACCCACACACACCAACACCUGUCGUCUUCUAUUCACCUACACCCACACCUUCGAGGGAAUAACAAGGGGGAACAAACUGAUUUCUUUAUUUCUGUGAUUUCCGUGAUUUCUAAUGAUUUCCAAUGAUUUCUGAUGAUUCCUAUGACUAAAAAUCAGUUUUUCUAUAUUUACCGUGAAUCGAUAGGAAUUAUAGAAAAUGCUUAAAAACAAAGGGAAAUCACUAGAAAUCAUCAAAAGUUAAGAGCAACCACAUGACAUUUUGACAAACAUUUAAAAUAAAAAAAAAUCAAAGAAAUCACCGGAAAUUACUAGAAAUUAGGGCUCUAUUUUUAACUUUACUAGUAGAAGGUCUGCAUGAUUAAAAUUGAUUGCUGAUGAUUUCUGCGUUUUCUAAUAGCUCUUGAUGAUUUGCAACAUUUUUUAACGACUUCUGCUCAGUAUUUCUAUUCUUAAGGUUUGAAAGUGAUUUCUAGUGAUCUCCAGUGAUUUCCAAUGAUUUCUAGGCACAGAAAUCACUUUGUUCCCCCUUGGGAAAUAAUCAUAAUAACUGUAAUAGUAACAACAACUUUAAUUAUGAUCAAACAAAAAUAUUGCAGGAAGCACUUGAAUUGCAGCUGAAAAUCAUUUUACAACCUCUGAAAUUUGAAUGUGAACCAAAAAUUAAUGAACAGAAGAUAGAUGCUGAAUUUAUUCAAGAUUUCAUAAAAUACAUUUUCAAUGAUUUUUCAAAACAAAAUCCUACGUAUAACAAACCAAUUGACUUCGAUAUAUGGUGGGUUGAUAAAGAUGGACAUAUACAAACUUUAGUAAACAAUAUAGAUCUGUACGUUUAUCUAUGUAAAGAAGGAACAUAUCCAAAACAAUUAAAUAAUAUAAAAAUUAUUCCACAUGCACCAAAGCAUUUACCACCACAAAGAUCAAUAAUAAUGAAAUGAAUAAGAAAUACAAUAUCUUUUCAUGAAUUAAAAAAUGAGUUAGGUGUGGGUAUGGCUGUAAGUGUGACUGUGGAGUGUGCGUGUGAAAUAUUGAGAAAAAGUAGAUCCAUACCCACACCUACACCCUCAGUUUCUCUGUCGAAGUGUGUUCGCCUCGAAUAAUAAGUUUUCGUGAGUCAAUUGCUUGGCAGCUAUGCAUAGAUCAUCGUUCUCUAAUUUAUUUCGUAAGAUUUCUCAGCAGAACGAUCAAAAUAAAUUAUAAUGGACGAAUUUCCAUUCAGAGUCCUUUUUUUUGUGAAACUUGAUCGGUAGAGAGUGUUAAAGUAUAGAGCGAGAAAAGUGACCCCCCUGCCUAGGCCCGCCCCACAGACUGCGACAGACAGAUACAAUUCCCAGAUUGUGGCAGACAGGUGGUCAUGUUAUUUUGUAUGUUUGAACCUUGGAUUUCUGGAGUUUGAAACUAUCUUUGGAUUCUGAAUCCAGCGGAAAUAUCGUAGUUCAAAAAUCUAUUUUUCGCUCCCGUUAUGCGGCAUGUUAUUCCCUGUCAUAGACCAUCACAGAUAGUUGGAGAUGAUGCUCUCUUAAGUUUGCGUCGGAUCGUGAAGAAUAUAGCAAGCGUUUUCAUAUCUAUGUGAAGCAGCUCCAUCGUGUUUCACAUUUCAAUCCCAUAGGGAUUGCGCUGAAAGUGUUUUUGAACAUGUACCAAACUUUCGGUGUAUUUCUAGGCGUGCUCACUGUUUUUAGAUGAGAGUGAGGAUGUAUUUAAAAAUGAACAAGGAACUUCUUUUGUUGGUGCAGGGCAAUGCAUCGAUGUGCAUGCAGUGCAAUGUCACUAAUCUCUCUCGUUCGAAUCUUAUUGUAAUGGAUCGAGACCAAAUCUUAGACUUUGAGAGAAACAAGAGAAUCCGAAUUUUUCUAAAAGCAGAUGCUAACCACAGGUUAUCUUUCCAAGUCGUGUAAUUAUCUCUCUCAAGUUUUCCGACAAUAUCCUAGGGAAAUGCUUCUUUUAAAAUCAUUCGAAUGUAGGAUUUUUCUACAAUAAUUCUUGAAAAUUCUUCACCACGAUAAACGAUUCACCUAUCAUCAUUAACUUCGCUCGAAAAGCCAAAUGCAAUAUGAUUUUAAUGAGUACGGAGGAAGAAAAAGUAAUUGAGUUGUUUUUAUUCUUCUUAAUCAAAGAGAAGAUAAAAACAGUUUCGUAGUGUGAAAGUUCUCAAAAUUCUCUUCUCUUUGUUUUUAUCGAAACAUGAAGUCAGCGGUAGGUUAUCAUUUGCCCCAAAUUGUUGUUCCCUGAAUUAACCCCCGAAUCAUAUCCGCAUUUGGGGAUAAUAAAACGAUUAAGAUCAAUUCUGGUCACCAAAUGGGGAUUUUAAUUUUGGGGAUUUUUUUAUCAUAAGAUACACCACUAUCUAUGCUGUAAUUCAAUAGCAUGUUGCUUCUCGUACUAUAUAGUUUCAACGAAUGUCUGUCAUUGAUAGGUUAUCAUUUACCCUAAAUCUGGUUACCACAAAUGCAUCCCUAAAUAACAUCCACAUUUGUGGAUAAUGAAAUCGAAAAAAGUUAAAACUGGUAAUUAAGCAGGGGUUUUGAUUUGGGAAUUUUUUAAUUUAGGGAUUUUUGUUCAAAUAUAAUACAAGAAAAAUUCUGGUUUCCUAGAUCACUAUCUACAUCAUGUUCACCUAUGUGCGUAAUUAGGCAAUUAACACAGUUCUGGUGACCAGUUACAGUUCUUUUCCGAACAACUGUUGACCAGUCCGAGUUCUUGGGUCUAGUUUAGUUUAAUCGCACUUCACGGUGAUUGAUGUAAUUUAUAUACACACACAGCGCUGCAUGUCUGUGAAGGCGCUGUGACUAAGGUGAUUAAACUAAACAAAUAUCGAGUUCUUUUCAAAGGAACUCAGAACAAGCUUCCACUAUUUAGAGUUUUUUCAAAAGAAGUAAAGUGAGUUCUCGAAAGAACUGGUGACCAGAUACGUUGAAGAGAACUUGAACUGGUCACCAGAACUGUGUUAAUUGUCUAAUUACGCACACACGUGAACAUGAUGUAGAUAGUAAUUCUAGGAAAUCAGAAUUUUUCUUGUAUUAUAUUUGAAAAAAAAAUCCCCAAAUCAAAACCCCUGCUUAAUUACCAGUUUUCAUACAUAGUGUAUCUUAUGAUAAAAAAUUUCCCAAAAUUAAAAUCCCCAUUUGGUGACCAGAAUUAAUCGUAAUUGUUUUAUUAUCCUCAAAUGGGGAUAUGAUUUGGGGGUUAAUUCAGGGGACAACAAUUUGGGACAAAUGAUAGGCAUUCUUCGAAACUCAGUUUUUUUAAUGUUCCUGAGAAGGACUACAGCUGUCUGUUUAAAAAUACCAUGAAAAUACAAUAUCUCGGCAGCAAUAAACUAGCAGCACGAAUCCUUUUCAGAGUAUCUAUAACUGAUUAGGACCUACAUUAUACACAUACUCACGACUUGAAAGCGAUUUGACAGUUGGAAAAGUUCCCUCGUGAGAGCAAAGUACUUUCGAAAAAUCUAGAAUAAACAGUUUUGAGUUGAAAUAUUGUCUAUAGGCAAAUUCGACGGUCUUGAAAGUGUCAACGAAAAUAAACAUGUCUCUUUCGGGUUAUUCAAUUUCCAACAAAACUACCGAUUAACUAUAGAAGGCACAGCAACCGAUGAAUAUCUCAAGAAAGAUAUGUUGAUUUUCGCGGAACAUUUCAGGAUUAUCCAAUGACCAUAAAAUCUAACUAUAGACAAAAUUUCAUAUCAAAACUAUUUGCUUUAGGUUUUUCGAAUAUACUUUACUCUUCGUAAACAUUUCAUCAAAAUAGUCAUAACUUUUCGUUAGUAGGCCAUUGGCAUGAAUCCUUUUAUUUUAGUUCUACAGAAAUCUACACGUAGGCAUAAUAUAAAGUCGAACAACAUCCGACCACUAGAUAUGUUUCCUCGUAAGAGAAUUCUAUUAACAAGUAUUGAUAUGUUUCUAAUGAAUAUUAUUGAUUGAUCGCUUGAUUCAUCAUCUAUAAAUUCACUUGUUGCAAGAGAAUCAUGGCUAACUUUUGUUGCUGUCCUCGUUUUAAUUAUCUCGAGGUUUGAAAAAUAGACAGUUGCUUUUGUAAGUAGUGUUCUGUACGAAAAUGGAUGAUAUCGAUUCAACUUCAAUAUUUUCAUUUCGCAUUUGAAUGUAUAUUGUGUACUUUUUCAUGCUUAUAUCGAAGCAAAAAAACAUUCGUGUCGAUCCACAUCGAUGCUUUGCUUCGUACUGUAUUAAAAAAAUCUUUUCAUCUCUCGACAAGUAAUAUUAGUUGCACAUUCAUCUAUAUGCCUAUGCAUGUUAAAUAAUCAAAUAUAUUUCUUUUCUCUAGACGAAGCUGUGCUUGUUGGUCGUAAUAAUCUUCGUUUAGCAACAGAACAACAUGCUCAAACAACUAAAUCUAAUACUCUUUCAGCAUCAAUUAUAAAUACACUUGUACAAGAUAAUCCAUUAUUACCACAAUUUUAUAUGACUGGUGUAUUUUAUUUUAUAUUAAUGUAUACUGGUUCAAAUAUUUUACCUGUAAAACAUUUUUUAAAAUAUACAUAUUUAGCACAAGCAUUUCGUUCAGAUGAACAACAACAACAAUCGGGUGAAAAAAAAGAUAUUUAUUUUCGUUCUAUACUUAGUCAUUUAUUACUUGAAGCAAUAAUUUGUUAUUUAGAAAAUCAGAGACUAGAAAAAUUUGCACGAAUGUUUCUUGGUGAAUUUGAUCAACCGGAAACAAUUUGGUCAAAUGAAAUGCGUCGUUUAAUGAUUGAAAAAAUUGCUGUUUAUUUUGCUGAUUAUACUCCACGUUUAAUGUCAAAUAUUUCAGCUAUUUAUUCAUAUUGUACAAUAUCAAUAAUUAAUUAUCCACAAUUAGAAAAUGAAUUAUUUUGUAAUACAUAUUAUUGA